AUGGCAGCGCCGGCGCCUCUCCCGCCCGAGUUGGCGGCUUGGGCACUGCAGGAGUUGCGGGCUCUUCUCCAGCUGGAUGACGCCGAUUCCUACCUUGUCGAUGAACUUGCCUCCUUUCUUCCGGCUGUAGAGAGCAGAGAGAAUGCAGGGGCGUGCGAGACACAACAAGAGGAGCAAAGACAGGAAGAACACGACCUGGCGCAGUUCCUCGAGUGUCUCGUGGCGCCGAUGCGCCCGGACUUUUCUCCCCAAGUCGCACAAGAAGUAGCGGACUUUGCCUCGGAGUUUGCGCAGCGUCUUCGCGACUCUCGAAGGAAGACGGGGGGAAAAAGGGUUCCUCCAAGGACAGAGGAACAACCGCAGACUCAUGAACCUGAAGGCGAGGCUCGCGGAGAGACCGCAUACUGGGAGCGUCACCGCGAAAAACCACACGAAAAAGAAGAGGCGCAAACCAGGAGUCUACUACCACCAGGCCGGACUGCUGACCGCUCUUCCUAUUCUUCCUCCUGUUCGUCCUCUCCUGCUUCAGCUUCUUCUUCCUCUUCUUUGUCCUCUUCUCCUUUUUCGUCUUCUUCCUGUGGCUCUUCCUCUCCUUCCUCUUCUUCCUCUCCCUCUUCUUUUUCUUCUCCUUUUUCGUCUGCUUCCUCUGGUUCUUCCUCUUCUUGUCCCCCUGCCUCUUCUUCUCCCCCUGCCUCUUCUUCUUCUUCUCCCCCUGCCUCUUCUUCUUCUUCUUCUUCGUUUUCAUCUGGAUCGGGGGACGGUGUCUCUCGCUCGACAGGAGCAACGGAAGAGAAGAAUGAGGAGAAAGGAGAGGAGAGAGAGGCGGCUCUAUUGAACUCGAAGAGGGAGACGAAGCGUGUGAAGAAGGCCGGUGUGCUACAGCUGGAUGCUUUCGGCCUCGCUGCGUCGCGUGUCUCGCUCGGAGACAGCAAAAGAAACAAAUAUAUGUGUGUACAGAGGGCGAACGAGCCGAAGUCUGUGCGUUGCAUUUGUCUCUGUAUGGGAACAGAACACGGCGUCCACGGCAGCUGUAUGUACUGCGGGAAAGUGGCAUGCAAGAUGGAAGGCGGCGAAGAGUGUCUCUUCUGCGGAAACAAAAUCAAGACGCACUUCAGUGUUUCUUCUCUGGAGUCGUUUUCCGAGAAAAACCUGGGAAUCUGUUACUCUCUGCACUCGGAAGACGAAAGGCGCGAGGGCGGCAGGGGAAGGAAAUCCCGUGGAUCACCCAAGAAGCACUCAAAGGGGAAACCCGCCUUCUGCCAUUCUGGACGCGGAGGACAAGAAAGAGAAGAGAGUGAAAGACUCGGAGCCGAAAGCGACGGCUGGCUCGAGGAAGAGCGCCUCGAGAAUGCGACCCCUGAGGAAAGAGAGACUGCCAGACAGAAACGCCUACAGGCUCUGAAACGCGCCGUGGCCCUUAAGGACCGCCUUGUGCACUUUGAUCGGACGAGUGCAGUCCGCAGCGUCGUCUACGAUGACGCAACUGACUGGUUCGACGAGGCUAAUAACAUGUGGAUUGAUUCAAGCAAGCGAGCGGAGGCCGCUGCGCAGUGGGAAGAGCAGAGCCGCCAAGCAGAGGAAGACAAAAGACGCGCUCGUAUCACUUUGGAUCUUGUCAACAAGACGAUUAUCGACGAGACCCAGAUGCGAGCUGAAGAACGCCUCACAGCCCAAGAAGAAAAGCUCCAGCGCUUCCACCUGGCGUGUGCGGCGGCCCCGGAAGAAGAGCCGGGGCGCGACGCCGAAACGGACGAGGCCAGCGGCAGUUCGCAGUGGGGCGGGCAGAAGACGAAGAUGUACUUUGACGAAGAGAAAAAGAGAGAAGCUGAAAAAGGCGAGUUGAAGAAGCCGAAUGCCUUUCCGCCGCUGUCGAAAGAAGACACCAGGAAGCAACUCGCCAGACUGGAAGAAAUUCAGAGACGGGUGGAAGAGCAAGCGGCUCGCCGGUGGAGAGACGAGAGAGACGCAGAGGAGGAACUCGCGGAGUGGGAAGAGGGCGACUGUGAGGAUGAAGCGGAAAGAGGAGAAGAUGCCGAGCAGGAAAGCGCGAGGAAUUCUUUGGGACUCUCAUCUGUCCAAAAUCCAUCCCUUUCGUCCACGUCACGGCGCCUGCUGGAAGUGCUUCAGGCGUCUCGACUUGAGGGCAGCUGCGAGACAGCCGACGUUGCUAGUUGGGCUCCAGAGGCACGGUCGGGAGGCGGCGACAGCACGGCCGCCGGCAGCGGGGCCACCAAGCAAGCGGGCUUUUUUGUCUCGCGCUCUGCACCCUUCAAACAGGAGGAAGAGUUGAUGGAGGCCCCCUUCCACGCGCCUCAGGGGAAAUGGCAACAGAAUCUCCAAAGCCGUCUCCAAGAACAAGCGGCGAAGGAAGAAGAGCGGCGCCGAAUGGAAAAGCACGAAAAAGCGAGUCGACAGGGACGGGAUGGGCCCCCGUCUGGGGCAGCGCCAUCGUCAGAGGAAGAAAAGCGUUCAGGUGGAGCCGCACUUGCUUUUUGCCCGUCUGUGCUUCCUCCUAACGCUGCCUCGGCGCCGGUGCCGCUCGAGGCAGCGGGAAAAAAGCAACGACUAUUCCACGUGGAAGAGGCAGUGCUCUUGGGAGAAGAAGACCAAACAGACGAAAGAGAUCGGACCCACCGCCUGUCUGUACGGCAGUCCGGCCCCGGUGACUCUUCGCGUCAAAUCCCCGUUUCGUCCUCGGAGUGUCUUGGGAUGAGUGAAGCUGACGCUUACGCGUGGGAGUGGGAGGGAGACGUCGAAGAAGGAGAACGCGAGAACGAAGCAGACAGUGACGCGUUGCAAGAUGCGUACGAAGACGCACAGGACGAGGGUCUCUGCCUCACAGUUCGGCAACCUUUUGCUUCGCUCAUUGUGUUGGGCUUCAAGGCGAAGGAAGGACGAAACUGGCCUUGUGCACAUCGGGGACGGUUGUGGAUCCACGCUGCCGCGUCACCUCCAAGCACUGCGGCGAUUGAGGCGGCUCGGCGCUUCUACGAGCAGCUUCUCCAUCUGUCUGCUUCUGCCUCUUGCGUUUGGAAGGGCAGUGAAGAAGGUUAUCUAUUUGAGCGCAGAGACCACGAGAAGGAAGGCCGGGAGACGAACGAAGUUCCGCUGCCACCCUUUCCGCGCGAGUUCCCCACUUCCGCAGUUUUAGGCUGUGUGACCGUUGUGGACUGCGCUGAGAAGACGGGAGAAGCCAGUUUGUUCCAGUUUGCCUUGUCGCUGGUCGUUCUCCAGGGUCUGGACGAGACGGAAGGGUGCCAGUUCGAGUUCUGUCUACGGAGGCCGCGCAGGCUCAUCGUACCAGUCAGGGUGCGGGGGCGCCAUCCACGAAUCUGGAAUCUUAACUCCUCAAAGGUCCCCCACCUGCAGGCAGCUCUGCUCAAGUCACGGUGGCCUCGGGUCUUGGGGCACAAGUUCAGGGAGCAGAAACAGAGCCACCAAGAGAAGGAGAACUCUGAGAAAACGCAGGGGCGGAACGGGGAAGAAUAG